CUCCUCCUCUUCAUACUCCUCUUGCCCGUCUGCGAGUCUCGCAGGGGUGGAGGUCUAGGAACAGGGCCUGGAGGCAGCAACCAGAGGGGUGUUGUCAUCCCUCCUCAAUACUCUCCUGGCUCAGUGCCUCUUCCCCCAAUCAAUCCCAAACUAAUCAACUCACUCAGUAUCGCUGUCAUCUUGGUGGGCAACUCUAGUGAAGUAGCCCUGGGGGCUGGACUUGAGAAAGAGGACUUCCUGCACAUCCCUUACCCUCCCAAAGUCGAGGUGGUCACCAUGAAUGAGACCGACCCCAAGAGUAUCAUCAAUCGGAUCUGCACACAAAUGACGAGGAACUCACUGCAAGGUGUAGUGUUCGGUGACGACACAGACCAGGAGGCCAUUGCUCAGAUCCUGGACUUUAUCUCUGCCCAGACCCACAUCCCCAUCCUGGGCAUCAGGGGCGGCUCCUCUAUGGUUAUGGCUGCCAAGGACGACCACUCCAUGUUUUUCCAGUUUGGUCCAUCCAUCGAGCAGCAGGCCUCCGUCAUGCUGAACAUCAUGGAGGAGUAUGACUGGUACAUCUUCUCCAUAGUCACCACCUACUACCCUGGUUACCAGGACUUUGUCAAUAAGGUCCGCAGCACCAUUGAUAACAGCUUUGCAGGCUGGGAGCUAGAAGAAGUCCUCCUCUUGGACAUGUCAGCAGACGACGGAGAUUCCAAGAUCCAGAACCAGCUGAAGAAACUGCAGAGUCCUGUCAUCCUGCUUUACUGCACAAAGGAGGAGGCCUCCACUAUCUUUGAGGUGGCCCAUUCUGUGGGCCUCACAGGUUACGGCUUCACCUGGAUUGUGCCCUCGCUCGUGGCUGGAGAUGUAGACCACGUUCCCUCUGUUUUCCCUACAGGGCUUAUCUCGGUGUCAUAUGACGAAUGGGACUACAACAUCGAGGCCAGGGUACGUGAUGCAGUGGCUGUCAUUGCCACGGCGACCUCCACCAUGAUGCUGGACCGAGGGCCACACACCCUGCUGAAGUCUAGCUGCCUCGGGACACCUGACAAAAAGAGCUCCAACACCGGCCACUCCAAGGAAAUACUGAAGUACCUCAUGAAUGUGACAUUUGAAGGCCGUAACCUGUCAUUUAGCGAAGAGGGCCACCAGAUGUUCCCCAAACUGGUCAUCAUUCUCCUAGACCAGGAUAGACAAUGGGACAGGGUUGGCAAAUGGGAGAGAGGCUCUUUGACGAUGAGGUACCAUGUGUGGCCUCGCUUUGAGCUGUACUCAGGAGCGGAGGAGCGGGAGGACCACCUGUCCAUCGUGACUCUGGAGGAGGCACCAUUUGUCAUUGUGGAGGAUGUGGACCCGCUCAGUGGAACCUGCAUGAGGAACACUGUGCCUUGCCGCAAACAGCUCAAACUCAACAACCAGACAGGUGAUUCAGGCAUUUACAUCAAGCGCUGCUGCAAGGGUUUUUGUAUUGACAUCCUUAAGAAGAUCGCCAAGGCGGUCAAGUUCACUUACGACCUCUACCUGGUCACCAACGGCAAACACGGCAAGAAGGUUAAUGGGACGUGGAAUGGCUUGGUUGGCGAGGUGGUGUUGAAGAAUGCCCACAUGGCGGUGGGUUCGCUCACCAUCAAUGAGGAGAGAUCAGAGGUUAUUGACUUCUCUGUGCCGUUCAUCGAGACGGGAAUCAGUGUCAUGGUCUCGCGUAGCAACGGGACCGUCUCCCCCUCUGCCUUUCUUGAGCCCUUCAGUGCUGAUGUCUGGGUGAUGAUGUUUGUUAUGUUGCUGUUGGUGUCAGCCGUGGCCGUGUUUGUGUUUGAGUACUUCAGCCCGGUGGGUUACAAUCGCUGUCUGGCAGAUGGACGAGAGCCCGGCGGCCCCUCUUUCACCAUCGGUAAGGCCAUCUGGCUGCUUUGGGGUCUGGUUUUCAACAACUCUGUUCCAGUGCAGAAUCCCAAAGGUACCACCAGUAAGAUCAUGGUGUCAGUGUGGGCCUUCUUCGCUGUCAUCUUCCUUGCCUCCUACACUGCCAACCUGGCUGCCUUCAUGAUCCAGGAGGAGUAUGUCGACCAGGUGUCGGGCCUGUCAGACAAAAAGUUCCAGAAGCCCAACGAAUUCUCACCGCCAUUCCGGUUCGGCACGGUGCCCAAUGGGAGUACGGAGCGCAACAUCCGCAACAACUACCGGGACAUGCAUAGCUACAUGACCAACUUCCACCAGAAGAAUGUAGAUGAAGCCCUGCACAGUCUGAAGUCCGGAAAACUGGACGCCUUCAUCUACGAUGCCGCAGUGCUGAACUACAUGGCUGGCAGAGACGAGGGCUGUAAGCUGGUCACCAUCGGGAGCGGGAAGGUGUUCGCCUCCACCGGCUAUGGCAUCGCCAUCCAGAAAGACUCCGGCUGGAAACGAGCUGUGGAUCUGGCCAUCCUCAUGCUGUUUGGAGACGGUGAUAUGGAGGAGUUUGAGGCCCUAUGGCUGACAGGCAUCUGCCACAAUGAGAAGAACGAGGUGAUGAGCAGUCAGCUGGACGUGGACAACAUGGCAGGGGUCUUCUACAUGCUUGGGGCCGCCAUGAUUCUGUCAUUCAUCACCUUCAUCUGUGAACAUUGGUUCUACUGGCAGCUGCGCUUCUGCUUCAUGGGCGUGUGCACUGGAAAGCCCGGGGCCACCUUCACCAUUAGCAGAGGAAUCUGGAGCUGCAUCCAUGGGGUACAAAUCGAGGAAAACAAGUCAACCAUAGACUCACCCUCAGCCACCAUGAAGAAGAACAUGAACAACACCCACUCCAACAUCUUGCGAUUGCUCCGCACUGCUAAGGACAUGACUGCGGUCCCGGGCAUUAAUGGCUCUCCACACGCCGCCCUGGAAUACAGCCACAGUGGUCGUGAGUCGGCUAUCUAUGAUAUCCAGGAGCAUCGGCGCAGCCUGGUGGGUCACCCUGCAGACUGCAAGUCAGGGCCACCCUACAUACCAGAGGACAACAUGUUCAGUGACUACAUCAGCGAGGUGGAGAGGACUUUUGGCAACUUGCCCCUGAAGGACAGCAACCUGUACCAGGACCAUUACCGGCACCACCACCCAGCCUCGGCUCUGGGUAUGUCCGGCCCCCCGCCUAAUAGGCCACGUAGUUUAGGCAGCGCUAGCUCGUUGGAGGGGGGCAUGUUCGAUUGCGACAGUUUAGGGGGAGGGGUGGCGCCCAUCUUCACCACCCAGCCCCGCCCCUCCAUGACUCACAGGAAUACCAAUAAAUUUGACCUGAUUGCUGGCCACACCCCUGCGGAGUCCAACCAGGGUGGGUUCAAGGGAAGCAAUGUGUAUGGGAGGUUUUCUUUCAAAGGAGGCGCAUCCAGCACAGGGCUCAUCGGGGGUCAUGACAGGUACUGUGGUGGAGGAGGGGGUGGGGCAGGCUCUGGGGGUGAUGAUGGGAACAUUCGCUCUGAUGUGUCAGAUAUCUCCACGCACACUGUCACCUACGGCAACCUGGAGGGCAACAACAAGCGGCGUAAGCAGUACAGGGACAGCCUGAAAAAGAGGCCAGCCUCAGCCAAAUGCAGACGGGAGCAGGACGAGAUAGAGCUGAGCAGCUUCAGGAGGAGACCCCACCACCACACCGUCCACCACCACUUCCCCCACGGGCCCCUGGCACACUGCACGGUCUCACCUCCCCUGGAGCGGAAACGAGGAGGAGGAGGGGGUAAUUCUUCACCUUAUUUAUUCCGCAAAGAUAAGGAGAACCUGAGGGAUUUUUAUGCGGAGCAGUUCCGCUCCAAGGAGGGCAAGGCCAAGUGGGAGCAAGAGGGUGGAAGUGGUGUGGGCGGUGGUAGCGGUGGUGGUAUCUGUAAAAGCUUAGUACCUGUGGAAGAUUUCCUCAAAGGUAAAGGGAAGAAGCCGGAGUCAAAAGGUGGGCUUGGCUCAGUCCCGGCAGGGCAGCAGGCCCACACCUGCUGGGAGAAGGGUGUUUCUGGGAUAGGAGGGGGAGGCAUAGCAGGAGGUGACUGGGAGUGUCGUAACUGCCAUAGCGUGUGUCACCAUGGUGGAGGUGCAGGAGGAGGGAGCACAUGCUCAGCUAGCGGGGUUGGGGGGAGCAGCAGUCGCCCCAGCUCUGCUUCCUGCAAACGCUGUGACUCCUGUAAGAUUCAGCCAAGCAACCUAUACAAUAUCAGCGAGGAUAAUAACAUGGUGUUUGCUGGAGUGAAGGGUAGCGUAGGACCCAGCCAACCACAAACUCAGGCACAGCGCAGGAAGCUAGGACCAGGUGGGAAGGUGUUACGGAGGCAGCACUCAUAUGACACAUUUGUGGACCUGCAGAGGGAGGGAGCAGGCCGCAUGGGAGGUGUUGGCGGGGGCGUUGGGGGGCAGUUUCCCCAGCCCCGAAGUGUGAGCUUGAAAGACAAAGACCGCUUCAUGGAGGGCCCCAGCCCUUACGCUCACAUGUUUGAGAUGUAUGCCGGUGAAAGGGAGUCUUCCAUGUUUGGAGGAAUAGGCGGGGACAGGGCCAAAGGAGGCUCCUCCUUCAGUUUGUUCCGUGGAAGCGAAGGUGGGUUGCAUCGGCGGUCAGUGGGGGAGAGAGACCAGAGGGACAGAGAUAGAGCUAUGAUGGGAGGUGGGGGCUGUGGUGGUGGUGGUGGUGGUGGUGGUGGUAGCAGAGGGGCCGGGACUUACUCCUUGUCUAAAUCUCUCUACCCAGAUAAGGUGAACCAGAACCCCUUCAUCCCAACCUUCGGCGACGACCAGUGUCUUUUACACGGUGCCAAACCGUACUACGUCAAAAAGCCACAGACGCAGCAACAGCAGCAACAGCAGCAACUACUCAACAACAGCCGAGGAGGAGGGGACUUCCGAGGCUCCAUGGGAGCAACUUCUUAUUUGCCCGCGUCAGCCACAGCUGGGGUGAUGUCCAAUGUGGCCCCCAGGUUCCCCAAAGAGCUGUGUCUGGGCGGGGUGGCAGGGCCCAUGGGGAACCACCAUGGGGCCAGCAAGCUACUGUCUGGGACCAGGGACACGUUAGGUUUGGGGCCGGGACAGAGACCCUUCAAUGGUGCCAGCAAUGGACACGUUUACGAAAAGCUCUCCAGCAUUGAGUCAGACGUCUGA